AUGAUUUGGUUCUGGUUAACUUUGGCUGUCAUAAUUAUGGGCAUAGCUUCUGUAGUAGACUUUUCUACUGAAAGUAAAAGCAAGCUGCUUAAAGACCGUGUCCUAAUCAUAUUUGCGCAUCCUGAUGAUGAAAGCAUGUUUUUUGGACCUACUCUGGAGUAUCUAAGCCAGCAUCAAAAUGUGCAAGUGCAUCUCUUAUGCUUGUCCAACGGAAACGCUGAUGGCCUUGGAUAUCUUCGACAAACCGAACUUGUUAAUGCAGCUUCUCAAUAUCGAAUCCCAAAAAGCAACAUUCAGAUUCUCUCUGACAAAAGGCUAAGCGAUGGCAUGUACGAACGAUGGGAUUCCAUUGUGAUUGCCAAACACAUUCAUAAGUACAUAACGGAAAAGGACAUCAAGUUGGCAAUUACGUUUGACAAAGAUGGUAUUUCGGGACAUCCAAAUCACAAAGCUUGCUUUUACGGUGCUCUAAAUGCCUCCAAAAUGGUUGCUGACAUGCAGCUCUUCACUUUGAAGUCAGUGGGAUUUUUUCAAAAAUAUUUGUACUGGCUCGAUUGUUGUCGAAUGGUUGUUGUUCAGUUUCUUUCUAGUAAACAGAAGCACAUUACGAUUGAAGCCAAAAGACAAUCCAUACAGACCAUACGCAAUGCCAUGAUUGAAGGCCACCGUAGCCAAAUGGUAUGGUUUCGUUAUGGAUGGAUUUACUUGUCCCGUUACAUGUUUUUAAACACUCUUGAACAAGUCGUAUUUUGA